AUGCCGCGCGCACGAGAGCGACAGUCCGCAGUCGCGACACCACACAAGAAUCCUAUAAAAAUCCCCCUCAAUGACGACCGACAAGAAAAGGCGAACCGCCUGCACUCGCGCCAAGCGCUCCACGAAGCACAGAUAAACCACAUCCGGGCCGCGGCCACGCCCGUACGAAGACGACAGUCCAUCAUCGGCGGUACUGUUCAGACGCCAGAGAACAGAGAGAACGAUGGCAUGCCGGCAGUGGGAGGCAACGCGGUCACGCCCAUGAAGCGGGUGCCGAUUCUGGCGAACUUUGAGGAGUGGAUGAAGAUGGCUACGGAUAAUAAAAUCAACGCGGCGAAUUCGUGGAACUUUGCGCUGAUCGAUUACUUUCAUGAUAUGUCGCUUUUGAAGGAGGGGGAUGGGGUCAACUUCCAGCGCGCUAGCUGCACACUAGACGGAUGUGUCAAAAUCUACACGAGCCGAGUGGACAGCGUGGCGACUGAGACCGGCAAGUUGCUCAGCGGAUUGGCGGAUGGUGGCAACAGGAAGCGCAAAGGCGGGGAGGAGGGCGAGGCUGAUGGCGCGGAUGGAGAGGAAGAGGAGGAGGGCGAGGAGGGUGCCAAGAAGAAGAAGAAAAGGGCUCAGCGGUCAUCAGAAGCGACACUUGCGACAUCGUUCGCGCAGCUGCAGUUAAAGAAGAUGGAGUUGGAGUUCUCGGUCGACCCGCUGUUCAAGAAAGCGUCCGCAGACUUCGACGAAGGAGGCGCAAAGGGGCUGCUGCUGAAUCACUUGGCUAUUGACAGUAAAGGCAGGAUUGUGUUCGACAGCAGCGACGACGCUCAAGAUGCGGCCGCAGAAGAUCGAACAGACAGCUCCGCGGUCGAAGCGACAGAGACUGAUCAAACAGCGGCCGAUGAGGGUGCUGAAAACGAGAACUGCGAAAUCGAUAUCUCAACCCUCGCCGCCAAAUUCUUCCCCGAUCUGGCACGGUUAGACGAGCAAGAUAUCUGCCCUUCCCUGAAGAAUUUUGACCUCGGAGAUGCGAACGGCUCGCUUGACCUGCCUUUCCUCAAAGCACCAGAGGACUGGCGGCAAGAGCAGAAGAAAGACGAUGAAGACGAUGGGAACCGGUCUGGCAUCUUUCUGGACGAGGACAACGCAAUGGGUUUCGACGACGAUGACGGUGACGGAUUAGGCGGUUUUGGCUUGGUCGCUGAUGCAGGCUUUGGCGAAGGCGGCGAAGCGUGGGCUAAGGAGGCUGCAUUGGAACCUCAGAGACGCAUCCCCGUCGUGGCUCUAGGCGGCGAUGAAGACGAAGGACAAGAUGGUGCAGGAGAGGUUGGAGCCUUCGAGACCGGCAACAACCAAUACGGCGUCACUCUAACCCAGGGCAAAGCGGACGACCACGAAAACAUCCUAGAUUACUUCGACCAAGCACUACAAAAGAACUGGGCAGGACCCGAACACUGGCGGAUACGAAGAAUUAAAGACAUUGCAAAGGCGUCCUCGGCCGGUCCGACGAAGCGAAAAGAAAAAGAACCCUUUGCAAUCGAUUUCGCAGCACCAAUGUCACAGACUUUGGCAGACGCGCUGUACACACCAGCAGCAUCAAACUCCACCAUAUCCCUACCAAAAGCGCAAUGGAAAUCGAGAACAAGAAACCUGCUACCCGAUGACAAACACUUCAACUCCCGGCAACUGCUUCGGCUGUUCCUCAAGCCCAAGGCACGUAUGGGCUCAAGAAAGUCAGGACAGGCCAAUCAGACCGCAAGCAACCGCAUCGAUGAGGUGCCGGAGGGUGAAAUGGACGAAGCUUUCUGGGCGAAGAAGGAGGACCCCGCUGCUUCUGUUGAGGAAGAAGCACCACAGGGCAACUACGACGCGGACUUCUUCCAAGACGACGGUCUGGGACCUCCUGGUGGCGGGAUGAACGACGACGAUGAUGUGUUUGCGGAUGCUAGGGAGCAGUUCUCGCCUGCCCUGGACGGUAUGGAGGGCGUGCCGGCAGCAAUGGACGGUAUUUUAACCAGCAGUCAAGAGGGUGCUUUUGGGGCGCAGCUUGUCACACAGAGCCGAAGGCUACGGCCAGAGUACGUGCAGUAUGCCAGAGUGGCAAAGAAGGUGGACGUGAGACGGCUGAAAGAGGAGCUCUGGCGCGGGACAGGGUUCGAAAACGCAAUACCCGCUCCGGCACCCUCGAAAGCUCCAUCAGUACCGGUCAUGAAAACACAAGACGGUUCGCUGAGAUUCACCGAUCUCAUGAAUAGCUUGCAAGCGGUGUAUCCAAAGCAAGCGAUGGCGGACAUAUCCACGUCGUACUGCUUCAUCUGCGUCUUGCAUCUGGCAAACGAGAAGGGCUUGACAAUAGAGAAUCAGCCGGACUUCCAAGAGUUGAUGAUAAGACGAGAUCUAACCGCUGAGAUCACAGGCGAAGGUGAUUGA